UUGACUUUUUUUAAGGCUAUCCUAGGUAAUUUACACAUGUUAUUGUUUAUAAUUGUACUUGUGUGUACCUGUACCUACGUAAACUUACUGAUAGCUGUAAACUUAUAAAUUUAUGCAAUUAUUGAAACCAAAAUGAACUCCAUUUAUUAAUCAGUUACAACAAUUUUCUCUUAUACAGUGGGAAAGAGAGCCACGAUAUAUUUCCAGUUUUGAAAAAAAAGUAUCCGUAUAUUUAGGUUCGAGUGUACAUUGACUGGCAACCCAGUGAGUGGUGAGGACCAGGGGUUCACUUCAGUGUUACACCAACUUUAGCUGGGGGAGGGUGUUUGUGUGCGUGUUCAUGCGGGAUGGAAUACGCUCCUGCUGCUUUCUCUUGCUGUUCCUUUAAUAUGACCCAAAUUAGAAGCUGAUGAUCUGCAUUUGAAAAAAAAAAUCUCAUGAACUGUUGCUGUCGUGUCAACAGAUGAACGGUUUCAAUGAAUAAUCUAGCAGAGACAUUACCAUUUGUGGUCACACAAUCCCUACAUUUAACAUACCACAAGCUACACUGUUAUUUAAAAACAAAUGUGACCUUAACACCGUACAAUGCGAGUGGCCUUGAUAAUUUAUAAAUCUUCAAAAAUAUACUAAGCUUUAAGUUCACUAGUUAAAAGCCGGUGCCUUUCAUUGGUUCCUCAUUAAAAUUCAUUAUAAACCUACCCUAUACCUUACUAACUUGUAACAUCUACAGCAUGUCUACAUUCAAGACAUGAAGAUAUAAAGUACCAGGAGCUAGGUGUUACAUGGUGCGUCUUCAAGGUUGUUGCUGGUGGUGGUGGGUGGUGGUGGCGGCUGUGGUAGGAACUGGGUGGGUGUGUAGUGUGUGGUUGUUGUAUUCCACUACAACCAUCACUAACCACUACCCACAACCAGCCUCAUGGACCCUCACUGCUCUCAUCAACUCUGUUCACCACACAAGUAGUGAGUCAACCACCGCCACUACACACACAACUCCAGUCAUCUCGCCUAAACGCAAGCUGAGUGUUCUGGAGAGUGCCUGGGGGUCUGUAAUGACAAAGCGUCUAGCACGUGUCAAGAGAGUUUGCCAACAGCACUACUUAUCUUUAAAGAGGUUUUCCUUUCUAAAUAAAUUCACAUAUGAUACCCAACACCAUCUUGCUUACUGCAGGAAUGCCAAGACAGGCACCACUAGCUGGCUGGGACACCUGCUAGAGUGGGCAGGUGUGGAGAUAUCAAACAUGACACCAUACGAGAUUCAUGAAGCAGCCAAUCAGGCCUUUCCAGCCUUGCCAUCCAAGGAUGCUGCCCAGGAGAUGCAGCACCUGCCCAUCACCUUCACUGUGGUCCGCCAUCCCUUCACAAGGUUAGUAUCUGCAUACAGAGACAAAAUGCCAGAAAAAUACAAGAAAGAUCUGCAAAUGAGAAUGAUUUCAAAAUACCGAGUGCAUCAAAGAAAUAUUAGUAUGUCUGAUAAUGAUAUCACCUUAGGCAUCAGCAAAUUCUCAAAUAAAAUACAAAAUUUAGUAUCAGAGCUAAAAAAUGCAAGUGUAAAUAAUGUUCUGAGUUCAAAGGCAUUUGACACUUUAUCAACAAAAGAAACUUCAGCAUAUAGAUACCACCAAACAAUAAAAGGGGCAUUGCUUGCUCAAAAUGACUCCCGCGAGAUAGCACUAGAUGCGAGCAUACCAACCUUCCGUGAAUUUGUGCGUUUGUGA